AGCUCAUCAAACCCAUCUUCACCACAACCAAUCACCACCGGCGGCGGCGAGCACUCUACACCGAUCACCACCGCCAACCGCCUCUUACACGGCAAGCAAAACCAUCACGGCACCACGCGCCGUCAUGGCAGCCCCGCACCCACCGCCAAGAGCGGCACCGCCGCGCCGCCAUCCUCCCUCCUCGCUGCCGUAGCCAACGCGCCGCAACGCCGCCCACAGCCCGCCGAAGUCGAGGUUGACCACCACGCAGCAGAUCCGGGGCAGCCUCGCCCGGAUCCGCGCCCCGAACGCCGCCGGGACCCGCCGUAGGAGCACCAACAAGCUGGGAACACCUCGAGCCGCUCUCCCACCGGCCGCCACACACCAGAUCCGCCGGAGCCCCGCCCGUCCCGUGCGACGCCGCCGCGUCGCCGUCCUUUUCCGUGGCACGCCGCCACCGCCACGGACCUGCAGCUCCCGGCCGGAACCGCCACGUCCCGACCAGCCUGCCACCCGCGGUGGCCCGCCGCAGCAGCCACCGGCCGCGCCAGAUCUGGGCUCGGGCCCCAGACCCGCGCGCGUCCACACUGCAGCGCCAAUGGAGCUCGCCGGUGCGCCACAUCACCCCCGCCACCGCGUUCCUGGUAUUGACGAUGUAUACUUAGAGCUUAGAGAUUCCCCUACUCUACUCUUCCGAAAUGUCAAUGGCGGAGUAGGAAGACCAACGUCUAGCUUGCAACAUAUCCUUCGUGAGCACACGACAAUGUACCACAAGCCGACCUAGAAAUAUGCAAUUAUUAUUUUUAGAUGGGCAUUCCAAGUGGCCACCUGGAUAACAAAAAUUGUCAACAAAAACUUCUAUGUUAUCGUCACAUCAUGCCGAUACGAUAGCACAAGAGUUCCAUACCAAGCCUUUCAGAGCUUUGUCGUUCACUUGUUUUUUGUGCAUAAUGCCCGUGAUUUAAUUUGGAGGAUAGAUGAAAACAUCUCGAGUUUUAUAGCAAAAUUACAAAAUGGCGAACGCCUUAUCUCAAAUGAAGAAACACAAUGAGCAUCUUAUUCAGGCAGAAGUGUCAUUAGAAAAUCCAAGACCUGACAUGCAAAUUAAGGAUAUGGUUAUCCUAAACGCAACGAGUACCAAUAAUGAUGGAGUCUAUGAGCAAUGAGUGAACCACUUCUGGCAGCAUGCAUGCCGGGCAUGGCCAAGAGGAGUUUAUUUGCCCCAAAGGUUUCAGUGAAUUGAGGGACAUGCUGUAUGCAAGAUGGAACAUAAGGAACACAAUGCAAUGCAAUGCAAUCAUAAGGAACACACCACCGCGCAAUUCUCGCAGCCCCGUAAAGUUGCUGACAAAUGUUUAAGUAGACGACGAGUAUCUACGUAGUCACUUGUUGAAAUGCCUAGAAAGACAAGUAUUUAGGAUAUUGCAUGAAGAAAACUAGUGUAACUGAGAAACAAGCUAGCCAUGCACGCGAGAAGAAAUGGAUCAGGAGGCGCCCGGCACACGGUACGUCUCCACUUGCUUAGCGCGGGGGAGAAACGUUACUGAUAACAAUGGCCGGUUUCGGGCUCCCGGCCUAGCUUUAUGCCCUAUCUUUACAUUACAAGUCCAUAUAUAUUUCUGAAGUCGGUUGGGGUCGACCGGAGGGAUUCAGCAAAAGGUACAGUGCGAGCACCAACCACCAAGGCAGGCAGGUACGGCGAGGGGCAAGGUAUCUUGGGAAGCUUCUGGCGGGCAUCAGAAAAAUACGGAGGCGGGCAGACGGCCGGCCGGCUCGCCGCUAGCUGUGCAACAAAACAAAGCAAAACAGAUUCCGGAAAGCAGGCAGCUUUGGUAAGGCUUUGCUGGGUAGAGUACCGCCUUGCCACAAAGCCACCCAACAACUGCCAAGGGCCUAUAUAUAUAGGGACAGACACCAACCCAUCUUGUGUCCAUCAAGUCUCCAGCCAUCUCAUUUGUAGCUAAGCUUUGGUGAAGUUGUGCUGUCAGUGCGACUGUGUGACCAACUGAUUCAGGAAGAGAGCAGAGCCUGAUUCGUCCGGUCCUUGGGUGUUUUCUUGACUCUGUUUCUUGUUGCUUUCCUUGACAAGACAAAUUGGACUGAGAGGAUGGGUGUGGGCGGCACUCUGGACUACUUGUCCGAGCUUCUCGGCGGCGGCGGCCGGCGCCGGAGCUACAAGCAGAAGAGGAAGCAGUUCCAGACGGUGGAGCUCAAGGUCAGGAUGGACUGCGACGGCUGCGAGCUCAAAGUCAGGAACGCCCUCUCCGGCAUGAAAGGGGUGCAGUCGGUGGAGAUCAACCGGAAGCAGUACAAGGUGACGGUGCAGGGGUUCGUGGAGCCGCACAAGGUGGUGAAGCGGGUGCAGGCCACCGGGAAGAAGGCCGAGAUCUGGCCAUACAUCCCCUACAACCUCGUGGCGCACCCCUACGCCGCGCAGACCUACGACAAGAAGGCGCCCCCGGGCUACGUGCGCAAGGUGGACGCCGUCAUGCCCGUCGCCAGCUACGGCGGCCCCGGCGCCGGCGCGCAGGAGGAGCGGCUCACCACCAUGUUCAGCGACGACAACCCCAACGCCUGCUCCGUCAUGUGAGAACCUCCGUGAAGCGAGAGACGUCGAUCGAGCUCGAGGUCAUGUGUUCUUGGUGGCGGUGACAUGUAUGUAUGUGGCUCCAGACAGAGUGUAUGGCAUGCGUGUGCUGUUUAGAUUGUAAAUUAAGAGGAGAGUAAAGAGCGUAUAUAUGUUCGGAUUAGUCUUUGUUUUUCAGGUUUCUGUCUGAUGCAUGUGUGCUGGAAUCUCAACCUUUUUUGAUCUUUUGCAC